AAAAUUUAAAGAAAAAAAUUAAAGCAAUAAUUGCAAAAAAAAAUUAGAACAAAAAUUAUUGAAAUAUUAAAAAAAAAAAGUAAUUCUAAAUUUUUACAUUAAUUGCAAAAUUCCAUAGAAAAAAAUCAGCGUCUAGCGCUUAGCAGCAAGUGAAUGCCACAAUUUCCUAGUCAACUGCAUUACCUCUGCAGCUAUCUACACAUAUCUCUUUGUCACACUCAAACACACACACACACCGUUACAACCGCAUAAGUAUGCCGUUAUAUAUGUCUCGAUGUACAUAAUAGCCGUUUGCGUGUGCAUAUGUGUGUCCACUUUUUGCUGUGCAAUGCCGAUUAGCAUAUUUGGUAAGCGUCUAACCGCCGCCCAUCAGCGUGUGAAUGCAACGAAAAAGUCAACAACAAAAGUAGCCGAGUGGUUUGUCGUUCGCGCCGAGGAGAGCAAACGCAAAAAGCGCGUCGAACGUCAGCGCCAGCAGCAGCGUCAACGUCGCGGCGCCAAGGUGUUUCGCUGCGUCAGCGAUUCCACAGGCCAUCUCACGCUGGCGCCGUCACGCCUCUUCGAGAAGACACCGAUGAGCCCGUCCGACAGUCUCGAUGAAAUCGCACUGCAAAUACCCAGAGUCCGUGUGGAAUAUUACGUAAACGAAAACACAUUCAAAGAAAGACUGCAACUUUACUUCAUUAAGAAUCAGAGAUCAAGCCUACGAAUACGAAUUGCCGACUUGUUUUUUAAGUUACUAGCAUGUGUUCUGUACAUAUUACGUGUGAUAACGGAUACGAAUCCAACCUUUGCAACGUGUUAUGGCUGCUCAGUGAGCAAUAAAACAGAGUUCCUCGUUUCGGCACAACUAACGGAGGAGGAAUUCCAGGAGAAUCCCAUUAUAAAUUGGGAAGCUAUCUUAUGGGUGAAUCGGCCCACAAUAUUGUGGGCAGCGCAAUUAAUAUUAGCAUUAGUAUCUCUCACAGAGGCCGUACUACUAACAUAUCUAGGCUAUAAGGGUAAUAUCUGGCAACAGAUUCUUUCGUUUCAUUUCAUUCUAGAAUUAAUUACGACAAUACCAUUUGCAUUAACGAUACUAUGGUCGCCUUUAAGAAACUUAUUCAUACCCAUAUUCCUCAAUUGCUGGCUGGCAAAGCGAUCGUUGGAGAAUAUGUUCAACGAUCUGCAUCGCGCCAUGCAAAAGUCACAAUCCGCACUCUCGCAGCAACUCACUAUACUCUCCGCCACGCUGCUAUGUCUGGUGUUCACAAGCGUCUGUGGCAUACAGCAUUUUCAACGCGCCGGCCAUCGUCAUUUGAAUUUGUUCCAGAGCACGUAUUAUGUGGUUGUGACAUUCUCAACAGUCGGUUAUGGCGAUUUCGUGCCCGAUAUAUGGCCCUCACAGCUUUAUAUGGUGAUUAUGAUUUGCGUAGCACUUAUAGUGCUGCCGACGCAGUUCGAGCAAUUGGCCUUCACUUGGAUGGAGCGGCAGAAGUUGGGCGGCAGCUAUUCAUCGCAUCGCGCGCAAAGCGAAAAACACGUCGUCGUCUGCUCGACCACACUGCACGCGGACACAAUCAUGGACUUCCUCAACGAAUUUUAUGCGCACCCACUGCUACAGGACUACUAUGUGGUGCUGCUCAGUCCCAUGGAGUUGGACACCACGAUGCGUAUGAUAUUGCAGGUGCCGAUUUGGGCGCAACGGGUCAUUUAUAUUCAGGGUUCCUGUUUAAAGGAUGGCGAUUUGGCACGUGCGCGCAUGAAUGAGGCCGAGGCUUGUUUCAUACUCGCCGCUCGUAAUUAUGCCGAUAAGACUGCAGCCGACGAGCACACGAUAUUGCGUUCGUGGGCGGUUAAAGAUUUUGCGCCGAGUGUGCCGCAAUAUGUGCAGAUAUUUCGACCGGAGCACAAGCUUCAUGUGAAAUUUGCGGAGCACGUCGUCUGCGAGGACGAAUUCAAAUACGCGCUGUUAGCCAAUAACUGCACUUGCCCCGGCGCGAGUACGCUGGUCACAUUGCUGUUGCACACGUCACGAGGACAGGAAGGUCAACAGUCACCGGAGGAAUGGCAUCGCCUCUACGGCAAGUGUUCCGGCAAUGAGAUCUAUCACAUUGUGCUCGGCGACAGUCGCUUCUUCGGCGAGUACGAGGGCAAAAGCUUCACUUAUGCCAGCUUUCAUUCACAUCGAAAAUAUGGCGUUGCAUUGGUGGGUGUGCGUCCAGCUGAGCUGCCGGAAUUCUACGAGGACACCAUACUGCUGAAUCCGGGGCCGCGGCAUAUCAUGAAGAAGGACGACACAUGCUAUUAUAUGAGCAUAACAAAGGAGGAGAAUUCGGCCUUUGUUGUCAAUCAAAAUCAGAAUCAAAAUUUGGAUACGCAAGCGACGACAAAGGACGGUGUUAGCACAACAACAAUAAACAACAACAAUACUACCAUCACCACCAAUAGUAUCAAUGUGCAUAUGAAUGUAACAACAACAACAACAACCACACCGGCAACCACCAUUAGUACAACAACAACAUCAACAUCAUUGAAUCGCACAGCACCGGUGCCAUCGGUUUGUGUACGCGUGCCGCACAGUCCUAGCCUGGACUCGGGACGCGGCGGCGUCUUUGGCGGCGGUACACCGACUAUAACCGAAAGAUAUCCGCCAACAUAUAGUGAUAGUGACUUAACGACACUAUUCGUGCCAACUGAUAAUCUAACGUCUGUGAUAAUCUCCGAUUCGAAGCAGAAUCUCAAGGAUACAACGGUGACAUCGAUGAAUGCAACGCAAACACCCUCGGCCACGACAACAACCACCGUCACCACAACGAUACCGCCAAUGUUGGGUGGCGGCGGCGGUGGUAGCGGCGGCAACGGCUUAGGCUAUAGCGGUGGCAGCAGUAGUGGUGGUGGCGGUGGCGGUCUGAGUGUUGCAACCGCCACAUUAACGACUAGCAAUCACUUGGAUGUGCCGCAAGCGGGGAAUCCAAAUCUGCUUAGCCCCGAUGUGCUCAAUCAGCGUAGAGGCAGUCGUCGCCCAUCCAUACUACCCGUACCGGACAUGUUCACCUCAUCAUCGUUCAGCAUAUCAGGCAACGACGACGGCGAAGAAGGCGAUGAGAGCGAAGAUGAAAUUGACGAUGAUGUGCCGUGGCGAUCGCCAUCUGAGAAAAUAGCUGCGCUGAGCGGUCAUUUUCCGCAAUCGCGCACCUAUUCGCUGAUCAUGAGCUCGUCGGAGGAUUCGAAUAAUCAGUGUUGUUGCACGAGUCAGCCGCACUUGCAGAGCGAGUCGCGCUAUCGCAUGCUAGCGAAAAGUUUCAGCUGCGAUAGCGAUUGUCGGCGCGUGUUGCCCUGCAAUUUCGUGCGUCGCAAUCGUGCUCUCGCACAAGUCGUCGAUGCUGCCGCCGAUGCUGGCGACACGUAUUGUUCACUUUGCUCCACCAACACUUGGAUACCGGCCACGACGGCGACGACAACCACCUUCUCGACAACGGGCACUCAGCGCACUGCAGCCACCUCGAGCAGCUCGACUUCGGGUUGCUGCGGCGGUGGCAGUGGUGGCAAGGCGGCACGUCCCAUCUGGGCUAUGGAUUAUUUGCGCAUCGUCAAGGGUUUCCCGCCCGUCUCGCCGUUCAUCGGUGUUAGUCCGACGCUUUGUUACUUGCUCAAGGAGAAAAAACCAUUGUGCUGUCUGCAGCUGGCACAGGUGUGCGAGCACUGCAGCUAUCGCAAUGCCAAGGAGUAUCAAUGGCAAAACAAGACGAUUAUUCUGGCAGCGGAUUAUGCAUCGAAUGGCAUUUACAACUUUAUCAUACCGUUACGUGCGCACUUUCGUUCGAAAACGUCAUUAAAUCCGAUUAUAUUGUUGUUGGAGCGUCGACCGGAUGUGGCCUUUCUCGAUGCACUCUCCUACUUUCCGCUGGUUUAUUGGAUGCUCGGUUCCAUUGACUGCUUGGAUGAUUUGCUGCGCGCCGGCAUCACCUUAGCCGAGAGUGUAGUGGUGGUGAACAAGGAACUGUCCAACUCGGCGGAGGAGGAUUCGCUAGCCGAUUGCAACACCAUCGUCGCCGUGCAGACAAUGUUCAAAUUCUUUCCGAGCAUCAAAAGCAUAACCGAACUCUCGCAGAGCUCCAACAUGCGUUUCAUGCAGUUCCGUGCGCACGACAAAUAUGCGCUGCACCUGAGUAAAAUGGAGAAGCGCGAAAAAGAGCGCGGCUCCCAUAUUUCCUACAUGUUUCGUCUGCCCUUCGCUGCCGGCGCCGUUUUCAGUGCUUCCAUGCUGGACACGCUGCUUUAUCAGGCGUUCGUCAAGGACUAUGUAAUCACAUUUGUGCGUCUGCUGUUGGGCAUCGAUCAGGCGCCGGGCAGUGGCUUUCUGACAUCGAUGCGGAUCACAAAAGACGACAUGUGGAUACGCACCUAUGGUCGUUUGUAUCAGAAGCUCUGCUCGACGACUUGCGAAAUACCGAUCGGCAUUUAUCGUACUCAGGACACAUCGAAUACGGAAGCGUCACAUGUGAGUAAUUCACCUGUAGAGAAGUGGGGACCGUUUUCCGCUUUCGGAAAGCACUGUGUGCGCUUGCGACCAUCGUACGACGAAGAAGCGGGUACACCCGAUUCGACGAAGGACAGCAGCGAAGUCCUUCGUGGCGUUACCUACCGACCGCCAUCGGCCUCUGGUCAUCAUCAUCAAAGCCAUCCAUCACAACACAAGUCGACCACCUGUCUGGGUGGCUGUUCGGAACGGAAGGGUUCAUCAUCUUCUAUGUUUUUUCAGUACUCGAUCAAUUUGGCCGAUGAGGCGCGCAACAAUCAUGCGCAACAAAUCGAACGCGCUGAGAUCGCGAAUCUGGUGCGCAGUCGCAUGGAGUCGUUGAAUCUGCCGACAAUCGACUAUGACGACGUGAGCGAGAAGCGUAAUCAUCUGUCGUAUGUGAUAAUCAAUCCGAGCUGUGAUCUCAAGUUGGAAGAGGGAGAUGUAAUCUACUUGGUGCGUCCGUCGCCGUUUUCAGCGCAAAAAACCUUCGAACGUCACAAUUCUCGUCGCAAAUCAAACAUAUCCUUCUGUUCGAACAUCAAUUUGGGUGCCGCAUGCGGUCCAACCGUUAGUGCCGCGGCCGGUGCGGGUUCGCGUCGUGGCUCCGGCAUAGCUGGACUGAAUCCGAUGCAAAUGCAAAGCGUACAGACGUUGGCCGGGUAUGGUUCGCCACGCUGCUCGCCGCCCAUACAACAAAUUAAAUCCAAUUCUCUUUCUCUACCCGACAGUCCGACGGUUGUUGGCACACAGCGCGGCCGGAGCAAUUCAUUGCGGAUCGACAAUGAUAUUUUGCUACGGCGUUCCUCAUCAUUGCGGCAAGGCUUACCCAGUGUUGGUGUUAGUCAUGGCCGACGAAAAUCCUCGUUAGAGGAGAUCGGCAUUAGCCAUUUUACGACGCUAAUGCAGGCAACGAAUCACACGAAUCCCAUUAAAAUUGCACUCAACGGCAGUAUAGGACUGGAGUCCACACCUAACUCUUUGUACUUUCAAUAUCAGGUCACACCACCCGAAGAACCAACACCCAUACUGGGUGUACCCUGCAUAGUGGCCGGUGGUCCCGGCGGUGGUAUUAAUCCCUCGGCGUUAGGUGGUGCCACGCUUUGCGGCGGUUCAUCACUGGCCAUCAAUACUGCCGAUUUGGGCGCAUCACCCACAUCGAGUAACAACAAUUCACCGCUACAAGUGCCACAACAGGAUUCACAACAAUCCGGACCAAUGCAAUCACCGCAACAUUUACAAGGGACAAUUGUAUGAUACAACCUUAUGUGGGGUCGCAGACUCCGCUCGUCGAUAUCGAAGAAAAAUAAAUGGAUAUAAUAUAAGUAGAAAUCGGAGCGGUGCUAAGGCGUCUAAACGUCAACACGACGUGACGAUGAUGAUGACGUCACAAUGCCACGAAUGUCGGCUAUCGUUACUGCAGCGGAGUCCGAAGCAAAAGACGAGUAGUUAGGCGAACACAGCUCACACACCGAAGCACGUACGUAGUUAACUGCAGCAGAGAUAGCAACAAAGUAGUUUCGCACAUCAUGUACAUAUGUAUAGAUUAUUAAUUGUAGCGUAAGUGGGAAAACGCUUAUUAUUGCCGAAACGGACGUUAGGAGUAUGGUCGUAUGCAACUGCGUUAAACGUGCAACGAUUUCAAAAUAUAUAUAUAUAGGCACUUAACUUAAGGUUCGUUUGUAGUGAUCAGCUGAUCAGCUGUAAAUAAUGUGACUCGUUCAAUUGUAGUACUAGGGUAAGCCUAAAGUUAUUUCAUUAUAAAUAUGUAUUACAUGCAUUGUGAAUGUACAAUAUUGAAUAUACAUACAUAUAUUCUUGAGUUUGUAGAUAAUUUUUAAUUAACAAUAAUACCUAUUUAUUUCUUAGGUAAUAAAAUUACAAUUCUUUAGAUAAUUUUCUCGAAAAUUUUGUUUAAAACAUAUCUUUUAAUUUACAUUAAAAAAUAUUUUUUUUUGCUUUGUAAGAUCUGUAGUUGAUUAUUUAUUUAUCUAUCUAACUUUGGGGUGUUCUAACCAAACGUCUGUACCCACUUACCUUUACCAAAAGAACGGAGCUACAAAAUAAAAUUCCUCAUGGAGGUUAAGAUGUUAAAACAUCCAACUUAAGGCAAGCAUUUCCUAUACGCUUCUAUGGCCUUAAAAAAAUUCAUAAUAACUUUUUGUCAGUCAUUUAUUAUUACCGAAUUAUCAUUCUCUGAUUUGUGGACAUGUUUGACACCUG